AUGGCCUCUCUUGGGCUGUGGCACGGCGGAAGAAGCGGCGGCAGCGGCUGGAGCUCUCCCUUUUUCUCACCCUUUUCUUCCGAUAUUGACCACUGCGAAGCUGGCAGCGGCGGCCCUGGAGACGUGUCGGCCGUGGCUCAUGCUAACGUGGACUGGCUCGAAACCAACAAGGCCCACAUCUUCCGCGUUGAACUUCCCG